UGGGGCGUGGCCAAGCGGUAAGGCAACGGGUUUUGGUCCCGCUAUUCGGAGGUUCGAAUCCUUCCGUCCCAG